CUCAAAUAUAAAUGAGGGUCCAAAAUUAAGUAUAGUAUUCUCGUCGCAAACAUGGCAAGGACUCUUUGCUUAGUGGCACUUUUAGUGGCUGUAGUGUCAGCCCUCCCUGCUGACCCCGUCAUCCGCAAACUGGAUGAUGGUCCCCGUUACCAGUAUGCUGAGGCAUCAGACGGCUCCAUCCACCUGUCUGACAUGUGGGCUAAGGCCAGCAACUACGCCGAAACUAGAGACUACAACGCUGAUGCCCUGAACUCUUACCAUCUGUUUACCAGAGAAAACCCAAGCGUCAGUCAGAUCCUCAGAGUCAACGAUGAUGAAUCAGCUCUGAACAGCAACUUCAAUCCCCAACAUAGAACUAGACUGAUCAUCCACGGAUGGCUGGAUAACGCUGUUGCUCCCAUGGUCACCAACCUCGUUCCUGCUUUCCUGUACGCGGCUGAUGAGAACGUCAUCGUUGUCGACUGGAGUCCUGGAUCCACCACCCUGCUUUACACCAGCGCUGUUCUGAACAACCCGUCAUCAGCCUCUGCCGUCGCUAAAUUCGUGACUUGGUUGAACGAGGCCACUGGCGCCCGCGUUGAUGACUACCACAUCAUUGGGCACGGUCUUGGAGCCCACCAGGCCGCCAUGGUCGGCAGACAUCUUCUCAGCCGUCCCUUCUACAUCACUGCUCUGGAUGCGUCUCUCGCUGGCUACAUCAUUAACGAUGACAAGUUCUCGAAGAACGCUGGCGCCUACACCGAAUCCAUUCACACAAACGCUGGUGUUGAUGGUUACUUGACUGAGAAUGCUGAUGUCGACUUUUACCCCAACGGUGGGAUCAGUAUGCCUGGAUGCGCCAGCGGUGCCUGCGAUCACGCUCGGUCCUUCUUCUACUUCUCGGAGUCCAUCUACGGUGGUAACUUCGUCGGCCAGAGAUGCGCUACCUACAUUGGCGCUAUGUCCGGUAACUGCUACCUUUGGGGCACUCUCAAAAUGGGAGGCAUUGAAGCUAAACCUGGUGAAUCUGGCAUCUACCACUUCUCGACUAACGCUUUCCCGCCAUUCGCCAAGGGAUAAGUUAUGAUAAUAUUAAUUUGUUAUAAAUAUAUUAUUGUUUGAGAAUA